UGAAAUAGUUGUAAUAAUAUAUAAGUUCAUGAAUAACAAUAUUCUUAUGGAAGAAAUGUUCAGACAAGAGAGGCUUACUCAGCCUCCAUUGCAAGGGCUGAACUCUCUGGUUCAGAGUCUCAGGACUGAACCCUUUCACUCAAAGUUUGUAAAGGCUCAUCCAAACAAUGUGCAAUUUGGCAGGAUAACAGAGUGAGACCAGAUUUUCAUGAGCACUAGAGAAGCUGAGAAGUCCUUUGCACCAAAGAGGAUGAUUAUUCAGCUAAAUGAUAUGUCUUUGAAGAAGAUUGAUAGAAAUUACUAUGUUGAUCUAAGAAACACUGGCUUUAAUCAUUUGUGCUCAGCUGAGACUUCUUCAACGAACGCAGAUCCCAAUUUCUUUUUCCCUAGCACCUCUUCACAUUCAGAGUCUUUAAAUUUACCAAACUGCUCAUCUCUUCAAAGUGCAAAUCCUUCUCUUAAACAAAGGAUGGCUGAGAGCAACAAGGCGAGUGAGUUCUGAACUUGAGGCCUCUCACAAGACGAUGCAUAUCUGGUAAACUAUCUCCUCAAGAAGAACAACAUCGAGUUCAUGGAAGAGCUCAAAAAUUUUAAGUAUGAAAUAGUAGAGAAGCAUACUAAAGCAAACAAGAAGAAAUACUUCGAGUUCGUCUGCAAGUUUAAUGGGACUUGUAAUACCACUUACAGACGGAGCUGGAACUUCUUGGACCAUUGCAGAUCUCACUACGGCAUCCGGCCUUAUCAGUGUGAUGAGUGAGAACACAGCUUUACUCAGAAAGGAAAUUUGGUCAAACAUAAGAAGACACACAGGAAAUAAAAAUAAUUAGUUUAAAAAUGUUGGUGAACCUAAUGUCUUUGGAAAAUAUUUGCUCGUGCUCAAUGCAAUGACAGAUAAAAGAGAAGGAUACUUGCUCAAUAAUUAGUAGUAAAUCUCCAUU